UCCAGUUCCACCCAGUGAUGUUCACUGUAUGAAUGAUGGAGAAGCUGUUGCAGCUACAAGCUUCAUGCUGACCAUCACUGAGGUUCAGACUUUUCCACCACAGGAACUGAAGGCGGUUCUGCUUUGGUUUCCACUGUUCUCUCCUCACGUUGGGGGUGACUUCCUGCAGCUAAAUGUCAGCUCAGCUCAGGAUGUGAUACUGAAUCCAAGUUCAUGUACUCUGAGGGGGAACUGAAUCCAACAGCCACAACACAGAAAACACAGCAGGACGUCCACCAGCAGGACAGCAGCAGAAAUCUUGUAACGUGUGAUGGAGACGUUGUUGUCAUGAAUGUUGGAGCUCUGACAGCAUGUUGUUGUGUUUGUGUGAAGGUGUGGGCUCUGCUAUGAAUCAGUGUGAGGAGACAGAGGAGGGAGUCCCUCCCUCUAAAACCACUCUGUGUGGGGAACAUGACAGCCAGACCAGACCUCACAGCCCCGAGCAGCAGCAGAGACCAGACUGUCCUGAACCUGAACCCAGCUGUAUGUCCAUGAAGAGUGACAGGUCCAUGACUCGUCCAAUAGCGUUUAAAGGACGACUUCCUUCAAAGACUCAUGUGGACCAGCAGACAGCAGACUCUCCUGUACCCAGCUGUGUGUCCAUGAAGAGUGACUGGUCCAUGGGUCAACCUCUUGACUUUAGAGGUGGACACGACUCUGCUGAAGGAAGAGUUCAGCAGCAACAGUCAGAUGUUCUCGGUGGUCAGUCUGUCCAGCAGAAUCCAGCAGACCUGGACUCCAUAUUCAUGCAUCUUGAGGAGAACGUUGUCACUUUUGUGAAGAAGGAGCUGAAGAAGUUCCAGAAGGUUCUGAGUCCAGAUUACCCAGAAAGCUUAGAGAGGCAGAGUGAGGAUGAGGAGGUGUUGGAUGGUGAGGAUGAAGAGCAGAGGAGCAGCAGCAGAGAUGCAUUUCUGAAGAUCACACUGCACUUCCUGAGGAGAAUGAAGCAGGAGGAGCUGGCUGACCGUCUGCACAGCAGAACAGAUGCUGCAGUUUGUCGACGUCAGCUCCAAUCUGAGCUGAAGAAGAAGUAUGAGUGUGUGUUUGAGGGGAUUGCUAAAGCAGGAAACCCGACCCUCCUGAAUCAGAUCUACACAGAGCUCUACAUCACAGAGGGAGGGACUGCAGAGGUCAAUGAAGAACAUGAGGUCAGACAGAUUGAAACAGCAUCCAGGAAAACCACAAGACCAGAAACAACAAUCAGACAAGAAGACAUCUUCAAAGCCUCACCUGGAAGAGAUGGACCAAUCAGAACAGUGAUGACAACGGGAGUGGCUGGCAUUGGGAAAACAGUCUUAACACAGAAGUUCACUCUGGACUGGGCUGAAGACAAAGCCAACCAGGACGUCCACUUCACAUUUCCAUUCACUUUCAGAGAGCUGAAUGUGCUGAGAGAGAAAAAGUUCAGCUUGGUGGAACUUGUUCAUGACUUCUUCACUGAAACCAAAGAGGCAGGAAUCUGCAGGUUUGAAGAGUUCCAGGUUGUGUUCAUCUUUGACGGUCUGGAUGAGUGUCGACUUCCUCUGGACUUCCACAACAAUGAGAUCCUGACUGAUGUCACAGAGUCCACCUCAGUGGAUGUGCUGCUGACAAACCUCAUCAGGGGGAAUCUGCUUCCCUCUGCUCGCCUCUGGAUAACCACACGACCUGCAGCAGCCAAUCAGAUCCCUCCUGAGUGUGUUGACAUGGUGACAGAGGUCAGAGGGUUCACUGACCCACAGAAGGAGGAGUACUUCAGGAAGAGAUCCAGAGAUGAUGAGGAGCAGGCCAGCAGAAUCAUCUCCCACAUCAAGACAUCACGAAGCCUCCACAUCAUGUGCCACAUCCCAGUCUUCUGCUGGAUCACUGCUACUGUUCUGGAGGAUAAGUUGAAGACCAGAGAGGGAGGAGAGCUGCCCAAGACCCUGACUGAGAUGUACAUCCACUUCCUGGUGGCUCAGUCCAAAGUGAAGAACAUCAAGUAUGAUGGAGGAGAUGGGACAGAUCCACAGUGGAGUCCAGGCAGCAGGAAGAUGAUUGAGUCUCUGGGAAAACUGGCUUUUGAGCAGCUGCAGAAAGGAAACCUGAUCUUCUAUGAAUCAGACCUGACAGACUGUGGCAUCGAUAUCAGAGCAGCCUCAGUGUACUCAGGAGUGUUCACCCAGAUCUUUAAAGAGGAGAGAGGACUGUACCAGGACAAGGUGUUCUGCUUCAUCCAUCUGAGUGUUCAGGAGUUUCUGGCUGCUCUUCAUUUCCACCAGACAUUCAACAACUCUGGUGUCAAUCUGAUGUCAGGAAAACCGUCAACCUCCAGGUGGUCUCCACUAAUCAGAAACAAACAGGAACAAACUCAUCUGUACCAGAGUGCUGUGGAUGAGGCUUUGCAGAGUCCAAAUGGACACCUGGACUUGUUCCUCCGCUUCCUCCUGGGUCUUUCACUUCAGACCAAUCAGACUCUCCUACGAGGUCUGAUGAGACACACAGGAAGUGUCUCACAGACCAAUCAGGAAACAGUCAGGUACAUCAAGAAGAAGAUCAGUAAGAAUCUAUCUCCAGAGAGGAGCAUCAAUCUGUUCCACUGUCUGAAUGAACUGAAUGAUGGUUCUCUGGUGGAGGAGAUCCAACAGUCCCUGAGGUCAGGAAGUCUCUCCACAGAUGAACUGUCUCCUGCUCAGUGGUCAGCUCUGGUCUUCAUCUUACUGUCAUCAGAAGAAGAUCUGGACGUGUUUGACCUGAAGAAAUACUCUGCUUCAGAGGAGGCUCUUCUGAGGCUGCUGCCAGUGGUCAAAGCCUCCAACAAAGCUCUGCUGAGUGGCUGUAAUCUGUCAGAGAGAAGCUGUAAAGCUCUGUCCUCAGUUCUCAGCUCCCAGUCCUCUAGUCUGAGAGAGCUGGACCUGAGUAACAACGACCUGCAGGAUUCAGGAGUGAAGCUGCUGUCUGCUGGACUGAAGAGUCCACACUGUCAGCUGGAGAGUCUCAGGCUGAGUGGCUGUAAUCUGUCAGAGAGAAGCUGUGAAGCUCUGUCCUCAGUUCUCAGCUCCCAGUCCUCUAGUCUGAGAGAGCUGGACCUGAGUAACAACGACCUGCAGGAUUCAGGAGUGAAGCUGCUGUCUGCUGGACUGAAGAGUCUAAACUGUCAGCUGGAAACUCUCAGGUUGUCUGGCUGUAUGAUCACACAGAGAGGCUGUACUUCUCUGGCCUCAGCUCUGAGAUCCAACCCCUCCCAUCUGAGAGAGCUGGACCUGAGCUACAAUCAUCCAGGAGACUCAGGAGUGGAGCUGCUGUCUGCUGGACUGGAGGAUCCCCACUGGAGACUGGACACUCUCAGGGUGGAACAUGGUGGACAGCAGUGGCUGAAACCUGGUCUGAGGAAGUAUGCCUGUGAACUCACAGUGGACACAAACACAGUAAACACAAACCUCAAACUGUCUGACAACAACAGGAAGGUGACAGCAGUGAGAGAGGAGCAGCCUCAUCCUGAUCAUCCAGAGAGGUUUGACCGCAAGCCUCAGCUGCUGUGUAGACCUGGACUGACUGGUCGCUGCUACUGGGAGGUCGAGAGGAGUGGAGGAGUUUUUAUAUCAGUGACUUACAGAGGAAUCAGAAGGGAAGGAGACACUGAUGACUGUGUGUUUGGAUGGAAUAAUCAGUCCUGGAGUCUGAGCUGCUCUGAUGUUGUUGGUUUCUCUGUCUGGCACAAUAAGAUAAGAAUAGACCUCCACUCCUCCUCCUCCUCCUCCUCGUCCUCCUCCUCCUCCUCCUCCGUCUCUCACAGAGUUGCAGUGUAUGUGGACUGUCCUGCUGGCACUCUGUCCUUCUACAGAGUCUCCUCUGACACACUGAUCCACCUCCACACCUUCAACACCACAUUCACUGAACCUCUUUAUGCUGGAUUUCGGUUGUGGUCAUUCGGUUCCUCAGUGUCUCUGUGUUCAGUGUAGGAGGGAGAGUCUCCUCCUGUUAGAGGAACACACACACACACAGUUUGAAAUAACUUGAAAUCCUUUUAAAUGUGUUUUCAUUCAGGUUUUGUAACAAAGAUUUUAGUUUGAUGUUUUCUGUACUUUACAAUCUGAACUGAUUUCUCACAUAAAUCAGCGUGUUUAUCCAAUAAAAUCAGGUUCCAGACUCUCA